CCAUCUUGGCUAAGGGACCUGCACCAAGAACAGUAAGAGGCCCUUAGUGCUCCACUGACUUUAAGCCAAUGGCUUCCUCUUCUUCCUUAGCUCUCCUUUUGCUUCUCUCCUCACUUGCAUUCUUCUCUACAGUAUCAGAAGCCGAGAGCUCUCCUCCCAUAGUGAAGGGCCUCUCAUGGAGCUUCUACGAGUACAGCUGCCCAAAGCUGGAGCGCAUCGUUGCGAACUACUUGAAGGAAGCGUUCCAGAAGGACAUCGGCCUCGCCGCCGGCCUUCUCCGAGUCCAUUUCCAUGACUGCUUCGUCCAGGGGUGUGAUGCGUCGGUGUUGUUGGAUGGGUCGGCGAGUGGGCCAGGGGAGCAGGAGGCGCCGCCCAACCUGACGCUGAGGCCGGCGGCGUUCAAGGCCAUCAAUGAACUCCGGGCUCUGAUAGACAAGCACUGCGGUCGGGUCGUCUCCUGCGCCGACGUCGCCGCCCUUGCUGCCCGUGAUGCUGUUCAUCUG